CAUACACUCGGUCUACCCAUCCUUAGAACUGGUACAUGAACGUGAGAAACUAAAUAGGAUGGAAGUAUCAAUCAGCCAUAUGGUUAUUCUUAUUUUGAUGGUUUUGAAGAAGUCAGACAGCUGCUUUAACGAUACUUCAGCUGUGCAGAAUAACAAGUACAUGGAACACCAGGUGUUCAGGCGACUCAGAAGUAUUUCAUUAUACGCCUGUGCCUCUGAAUGUAUCAUGUCAUCCGCCUGUCUGUCCUUUGCUUUCGAACCUCUGACACAAAUGUGUCUCCUGAAUCGAAACAGCAGUGCAGAUGUCGACGUUGUUCCUCAUCCAAGCUUAAUCUUUAGCGACAUUGAACGCUGGCCUAAGUCUCUGUCUGGGGGAUGUGCUGUCUUGUCCUGCCCAUUGGCAUCUAGGUGCGAAGUAGAUCGACUUGGCAGUGCCACGUGUGUUCCAGAGUUUCAAGGAUGUGGUCAACCUCCAGAGGUCACUGGGGCCAGCGUGAACUUCGACGGCCAGUCCGAGGGGGACGUGGCAUCUUACACAUGCGGUCAGAACUUCAAGGUCUGCCAUGACGUGUCCACCAGUACAUGUCAGUCCUCCGGACAGUGGGAGAAUAUAACUGGUCUCUGUGGCCAGAUGAAGGUGGUCAAUCCGGUUUUGCUUAAACCAUAUUCAGUUCCAUGUCGGCCGUCAAGCAAUUUCAGUGUUCGUGUUGUAGGAGAACCGACUAAAGAUACAAGAUGGAGCUUUUCCCUGAUGGCGGAAGACGAUAUCCUCAUAGCUGUAGAGUUCCGUAUUAACAUAUUUGGUCAUGUGGACACAUUGACUAUGAGCUCUAGGUUUAAUGGCGUUUGGCAAUCAACGGUCUUCAUUCGAGAUGUCCGUACGAAUCUGGGGCAGGAAUAUGAGGUCCAAGUCACUCUGGACAAUGGAAUAUACAAUGUUGCACUCGAUGGAACAAGCAUGUACAACUUCACCGAGCGAGUUGCUGGAGCUCAACCGGCAACUAUACACGUUGAUCAUGACGGAUAUUUUCACGUCAUUGAGUUCCUUUACUCGUAAGAUGACCCGUUAAAAGCGUCUACAAGACGGUUGUCAAGGAUCAAGAACAUAUUUUUAGAUAUACUUUAUAGACGUGUUUUACUCUGUAAUGUACUUAAUUAAUGUCAACUUGAUGUUUUGCACAAGGGCUGAUGAGACUAAAAUGACUUUGGUAUUGAAGUAGAAAUAUCAUUAGUAAAGUUGCCUCCUGCCAUUCAUCUGCCGUGAGAUCGAACCGUCUACGUAAAUGAGGUGAGGUGAAGUGAAAUUGGGUUUAACGUCGUGCUUGAAAAUAUUUCGCUCAUAU